AUGGCUGCUGCUACCCAACCCACUAUCACACACAUUUCCGCCCCUACCCACUUCCCAAUCAAACUCACUUCCACGAAUUUUCUAAUUUGGAAGAAACAAAUAGAAUCUACACUCAUAGGUCUUGACCUUGUGGGUUAUAUCAAUGGUUCCACUCCCGCUCCGGCUAAAUUCUCUGAUCAAAUGCAGACUGUGUUGAAUCCUGCGUACAAGGCUUGGUUUAGACAAGACCAAACUGUCUUGAGUGCAAUCCUAGGCAGUCUCUCAGACACCUUACAACCAGUCAUUUCAUCCGCGACUUCUGCAUGCGACGCCUGGGCACGACUAUCCACCAGUUGUGCUGCUGCCUCUCGGGGUCGCAUAGUUUCUCUUAAAACGAAGUUAGCGAAGAACCCUAAAGCCAACCGGUCCAUUGACUCGUACAAGAGGGAUAUGCGAGCCAUUGCCGACGAUUUGGCUCUUGCCCAAAGCCCUGUUACAGAAGAAGAUCUUGUGGUUCAUAUAUUCACGCAACUUGGCGAUGAAUAUAACUCCAUAGUUGCUGCUCUUCGCGUCAGGACGGAGGCCAUCUCAUACAGUGAAUUGCAUGAUGUCCUCACUGAUUACGAACGAAUAUUACAGGAUAACGAAGCUGCCUCGACUGUUCAUAUGCCUACUGCGAACGCUACACAACGGCGGUCCUAUGGCCCUGCUGACACUCAGUCUUACAAUUCCAAUCGCCGUGGCAGAGGUGGUUCUGUCUCCUCUAAUGGGCGACAAAAACAAGUAAGGAACAAUGGCAACCGUACUGCACGAUAUUGCAACUACUGCGACUAUCCCGGGCAUGACACUAAAUUCUGCCGGAAGCUUGCCAAAUUCCUGAAGGAAAAUAAUGUGACGGUGCUUGAGCCGCAGAACACUGGGCGUCAAUCUCCUACCAUCCACUCGACGUCUACUACUGCGCAGCCCACUCAACCGUGGCUCAUGGACUCGGGCGCCUCACAUCACACUGCGAAUGACGCCAUGGCUCUGCACACGUUAGCUGACUACACAGGGCCUGACGAGAUAAUCCUUGGUGAUGGUAAUUCGCUUCGUAUUUCACAUACUGGGUCGGUUUCGUUACCUUCAAAUUCUCGGUCUAUUAGUUUGUCAGAUGUGUUGUGUGUUCCAAGUUUUCAAAACAAUCUAAUUUCCGUGUCUAAACUCUGUAAGACUAACUCCGUUUCUGAUGAAUUUUUUGACACACAUUUUGCUGUCAAGGAUCGACAGUUGGGAGCUCCUCUCGUGCAGGGUCCGGUCGUGAAUGAUGUUUACAGUCUUCCUGUUCAGCAGUCUCAAAUUAAUGUCACUACCAUGUCUUCAUUGUCAAAGUGGCAUCAUCAGUUCGGCCACCCAAAUUCUAAAGUUUUAGCCUGCAUUCUUCGACAUAAUAAUGUAAGCUUUAAGCCUGAACAACUUAAGGAAUUUUCGUGUAAUUCGUGCCAUAUCAAUAAAAGUCACAAGCUGCCCUUUUCAUUUAGUACCAUGUCUAGCACCCGGCCGUUGCAAUUAAUUUACACAGAUGUGUGGAGUUCUGCAACGGUUUCGGUCGAUGGUUUUAAAUACUAUAUUAAUUUUGUUGACCAUUACACUUAA